AUGGCCGGUCUGAGAUACAUUGCUCCGGCAUUGGCCCUGGCAGCAGGUGCAGCCGCGCAAGCAUGCGGCAGCGGCUCCGGCACCACCACCAUUGCUAGCAACGCCGAUGCGACGGCUCUGGCUAACUGCCGAACGUACGCCGGCAGCAUCGCCAUUGCGACCGACACGACCGACAGCAUCCAGCUCAAUGGCGUGCAAACAAUCACCGGCAACCUCAUCGCCAACAACGUGACACAAAUGGUCUCCUUGGCCGCUAAGGACCUCGAGGAGAUCGGCGAGAUGUUCGAGCUCGAGCAGCUUACCAUCCUCUCCACACUCAACUUCCCAUCUUUGAAGAAGGUCGAUGCCAUCAAGUGGACUGCGCUGCCAGCUCUUCAGGGCCUGUCUUUCACCGAGGGCGUGGAAGAUGUUGGCUCGCUUGUCAUUGACAACACACAACUCAACUCUCUCGAUGGUAUCAACCUCCAGGUUGUGGACGAGCUAUCAGUGACCAACAACCCAUACCUUACCGACAUCACCAUGCAACUCGGCAAUGUCACCAAGUCUUUCCUUUUGGCUUCCAACGGACGCGAUCUCAAGGUCGAACUGCCAAACCUCGAGUGGGCCAACAACGUCACCCUCAGGAACUGCUCGGAAGUCUCCAUUCCAUCUCUCGCAUCGAUCAACGGCUCCAUGGGUUUCUACAACGGCGGUUUCGAGAGCCUUGCUGCACCAAACCUCACCAACGUUGGCGGUUCUCUGUCGUUCGUCAGCUGCGAGGCUGUAACUAACAUCUCCAUGCCUCAGCUGACCACUAUUGGUGGUGGCUUUCAGCUCGCCAACAACACUGCGCUGCAGAGCAUUGACGGCUUCCCAGCCAUGGAGACUGUUGGUGGGGCCCUUGACUUCAACGGUGAAUUCGAUACCGUCGACCUCCCAGAGCUGAAGGAUGUUCGUGGUGCAUUCAACCUCCAGUCUACUCAGGACAUCAACGACGUCUGCUCGCACUUCAAGCCUCUAUCUGGCCAGAACAACGUCAUCAAGGGUACCUUCACCUGCUCUACCACUGAGACCCCAGGCGGUGUUGGCACUUCGACCAGCUCUGGCUCCGGCGGCAGCACUUCAUCGGGCGCUGCCAACCCAAUGCUCAUUCCCGGCGCAACAGGUCUUCUCGGUGUUGCCGCUGCCGUCUUCGGCCUCCUUUAA